CAUGUUUGUUUUAUGCCUAAAACAUUCAGAUAGUAGGAAAACUACUUCGUUCGACGAAUUACGCUUAGAUAUUAACGAAGAAUUGGAGAAUGACAGCUUUGAAAAAGACGAGGAAGCUGUAAAUGAAAAGCAGCGUAGCGUUAUUAGUCAUCUUUUAUCCCAAGUUCGUAUUGGAAUGGAUUUGACUAAGAUAACUUUACCGACAUUUAUUCUUGAAAGUCGGUCCCUUUUAGAGAUGUUUGCUGACUUUUUAGCUUAUCCCGAUCUUUGGUUGGCUAUUGCGGAUGGUCAUACAGAAGAAGAGAGAAUGAUUGCCUGUUUAAAAUGGUAUUUAACUUCUUUCCGAGCUGGACGAAAUCCAGUAGUUGCCAAGAAACCAUACAAUCCGACUCUGGGAGAAAUAUUUCAAAGUUAUUACGACAUGGAAUACUUAUUUCCCCAAGAAGGAGACAAUUCAACCCAAGAUGGACCUGUUCCUUGGGCAAAAGAGAGAGACGUUCAAGUAGUUGCCGAACAAGUUUCCCACCAUCCACCAAUUUCGGCCUUUUACGCUGAAAACUCACUCAAAAAAAUGUCGAUGAAUGGACAUGUUUGGACAAAAUCAAAGUUUUUGGGUUUGUCUAUAGGAGUUUCCCUAAUAGGAAAGGCGGUAAUUUCAAUGCUUGAUUACAAUGAACAAUAUACAAUUACUUUUCCGUCCUGUUAUGGAAGAUCAAUUCUGACAACUCCUUGGAUGGAAUUGGGGGGUAAGACUCAGAUUACGUCAACGAACGGAUUUACUGCAGAUAUUGAAUUCCAUACUAAACCCUUUUACGGUAGUAAAAAACAUUUUGUUGACGCUUAUGUUAUGGCACCAGGUGCGGAGUCUAAUCGCAAACCAAUUCUAUGCGUUAAAGGUGAAUGGAACGGCGUUUUGGAAGCUCAAUGGACAUCUUAUAGCGGGAAAGCUGAUUUUACAAUAGAUACUAAUAAAUUAAAGCCUCAGCCUAAGAGAGUUAGGCCGCUCGAUCAACAGGAUCAGCAAGAAUCGAGAAGAUUAUGGAGGAAUGUUACCUAUUAUUUAUCUAAAAACGACGUCAGUAAAGCGGCAAAGUAUAAAUCUUCGAUAGAACAAAAGCAGAGAGACGAAGAGAGAGAAAGAAAAAAUAUGAAUUGUCAAUGGAAACCUAAAUUAUUUCGAGAAGUUUCGACUGAUUGGCUCUAUGUUAAUCAAUUGGAAGAUCGUAUAAUUUCUUGUAAUAAUUAG